AUGGCCGCACGAUUAAUAGCACAGAUCAUUGUCAUGGGCGUUCAAAUCGUUGGAAGGGCUUUCAUAGAAGCAUCUAAGCAGGCCGCUGCGAAUGCCGCCAGAAAUGGUAGUUCGACCGGUGCGGGAUCAACAGCUAGAGUAUCAGCAGACGCUCUCACAAGAAAGACGGGUAUGACUAUUGAUGAGGCAUGCCAAAUAUUAAACAUAAAGAAAGAGGCAAUGGAAGACAUGGCGCAAGUCGCAAAGAAUUACGAACAUCUAUUCAAAGUCAAUGAUAAAUCCACAGGAGGAUCAUUUUAUUUACAGUGCAAAGUACAGAAUGCUAAAGAUCGCAUAGAAGCUGAACUGAUGGAACGAGCAAAGAAAGACAAUAAAAGCAGUUGA